AUGAAAUUCGCAUUGGCACUGUUGGCCCUCGUGGCAACAACCACCGCAUACAGAUUCCCUAACGUCGGCAGAGGCGAGCUUGCAAAGGAGCUCCAGGACUUUUUGGAUAUUAUGCCUCAAGAUGAAAUAGCUGCAAUAACUGUACAAUACUAUAAUGAAGAUGCAGAGUUUAAGGCUAUGAUCGAGUACUUCAAGAGUGAAGAGUUCAAACAGCUAGUAAAAGAAGUCGAAAAUUUGCCCGAGGUGAAAGAUUUGAUGGAAUAUAUCUAUAACGCCGGUCUUGACAUUUACCAGAUGGUGGACAAAUUAAACAGCUGGCUCGGAAUCCUACCUUUCACCCGCAACUUCGCCGGGAAACAGAUUACCGGUGGAAUUCGUGGAUAUGUCGAUGACAUCUUAGCCAUCCUACCUAAUGAUAAGAUCGACGCGCUUUACGAAGAAAAAAUGCAAAACUCUCCGGUAUUCAUCAAUUUCAUAAAGCAACUGCAGUCCGAAAAUUUCCAAAAAAUCAUAAAUCAGGUUUACUGUAACACGGCAUUCCUGGAUCUCCUGAAACACGCUAAGAAUGCCGGCAUUGAUCUCAUACUCGUCAAGAACUUGAUAGAGCGUCUCCUCGGCGUCUUUAUUCCCUCUCCUGACGAGUAUUCCAAAGUGCUGAAGCUCAUCCCCCAUUGCGCGCUCAGCGUGAGAAAGAUCUGGAUCGUUCGGUGUAAUGACACCGAGAACAAUAUACUGGACAUCCGACACAAUUUGCGUGUUCACUCCGCUGCUCUUGAGGCCAUUCAGAAGGGUCUCGUAAGCCUUAAUGUCGUAAAGUUUGUUAACCAGUUGCUGGAAGUUUUUAGACUGGAGCUGACUGAUCAAGCCGACCUCAAUGCACAUUCAGCCAUCACGAUGAAACUUGUAUUUGCGCUAGUCACCGUCCUGGCCAUCUUUGGCCUGGGCCAAGCCCACCAAUUUCCCGAUUUCGGCAAAGGUCCCCUUCACGAAGAUAUCCAAGACUUUUUGGAUUUGAUCCCCGUAACAGAAAUUGCCGAAGUCAUUGUGGAUUACAUAGAACACGAUCAUGAAGUAAAAGCUAUUGCUGACUAUCUCCGAAAAGAUCCAUCUUUAAUCAGAAAUCUGUGGAUAGAAUUCCAGUCUGUUCCUGAACUUUUGAAUCUUCUCAAUUAUAUGCAGAAGGAGGGUGUCAAAAUCUACGAAGUGAUAAACGAGGUUAACAGAGCUCUUAAUAUAAAGGAACUCGUACCACCUGCUGAUACGUACUCUAUUACCACGAAGAGGACUGGUGGACUCGCCGGAUUUUUCAAAGACAUCAAGGCUCUGUUCAAUUAUGACGACUUCAUUUCCACGUACGUGAACAAGAUGCGUCACUCAAAAGCCUUCGUCAAUUUCAUCAACGAACUCAAAUCCGACAACUUCCAGCGAUUUGUUAAUAAAUUUUACUACAAAAAGUCCGUCCAAUUGGUUCUGGCGGGCCUCAAAAGGAGCGGAGUGAACACGCGAGUUGUAGCGAAUAUCAUGUAUCUCGUUCUCGGCAUCACUGUACCGGACAGGCCUCCUAAAACGGUACAAGAAGAGCUGAUGGACUUUCUGGCGCUAGUUCCGGUGCAGCAAUUCCUUGAUAUAAUACUGCAAUAUAUAAACGAAGACGAACAAGUUAAAAACGCUUACAUAUACAUGUUCACACCCGAGUUUCAUACUUUAAUACGCUCUAUCGAAGCGCUUAAAGAACAUCAAGCGUUAGUAGUAUUUGUGCAAAAAGCUGGUGUCAACGUCAUCGAAGCUAUUCAGCAGUUCCACAGGUCCAUCGGUAUGGAGGAGUAUGUGCCUCCUAAAAUAGAAAGCCUCCUGACACACAAAGCUGGACUGCAAAAAAUCGGCGAUGGAAUGAAGGGAAUGCUCGAGGAUUUGUAUGCUGUAUUACCUUUGGACAAAAUCGACGCUCUUUACAAGGAAAAGAUGAUGAACUCCGAGGUCUUCGCUGAGUUCAUUGCAAAAAUGUCUUCCCCGGAGAUGCAGGAAAUCGUCACAAAUUUGUACAACCAUCCAACUUACAAAGAUGCCCUCAUGAAGACCAGAGAAAAGGGAUUGGAACUCGAGGGAUUGACAAAACUUGCCUCUAGAAUAUUUGGUAUUAAAUUCCCUGAUAUGAUGCUCGCAUCAUUCUGAACAUUUAUGACUUGCAACCUAAACACUAUUACACGCUGAUGUAAUAACGAAAUAUAAGAGUUUUCAAAUUCAAUAAUUACUUCUUUAUAAUUAACAAUAAAUUCAUUGGCUCAUAAAUGAAUUACUUAUAUCAUUUGCUUCUCACUACAUGAAUAAUGAAAUAAAUGAGUGCUAAAAAAAACAAUCA